AAAAACAGAAACAACAUGGGUUCUCUAGCGGAACUUGUAGCUCUCAUAAUCAUAAUGUGUACAAGUGUAACAAUGUCCCUCGCUCAAAACCCCAUGGCUUCACCAAAGAUUGAGAACCCAAAUACAACAGUGGUGAUCUAUAACGAUCUUGAAGGUUCUUGGCCAAUGUCAUACCAUUGUGUGUCAAGAGACGUUGAUUUUGGAAUUCGGCGUAUGCCAUCAGGUGGAUCGUGGUCAUUUGAAUUUAGACCCAGUGUUUCUGGAGAUACUAAAUUCAUUUGCAGUUUUGCUUGGAGACUAGCGUAUCGUUAUUUUCGUAUCUACAUACAAGAAAGAGACCAAGAAUCUGCAGUGUUUGGAUGCAAAAGAUGCGAAUGGAAGAUACGCGAAGAUGGACCUUGCAAACUUAACAAAAAAACUGGAAUGUUUGAUCUUUGUCCUCCUUGGGAUUCUCAAUUGUCUGAAAACAAUUAAAAUUGCUGCUCUGUAUCU